CCCUUUUUUAACAUAUACAUAAAUGUACAUGAAUCUUACAAAAUACAUAUUCCACAAUGCAUCUGAAACUAUGUGCACACAGAGUAGAAGUGUAGGUGUCAUUUCUAAAAAUAUGAGCUUUGUACCAACUUUUUUUUCCCAAGAUGCAGUGAAAAUGCAGCAUACCUCCUACACUUACUUAGGCACAUUAGACAUUAUUUAAACCCCCACAUAAUGAGGCAUAAACGCUUCAAAUCAUGUAGGUUUGCAGCAUUUGACUGACCACGCCCUCAGGAAUACCAAUAAUUACCGUUCAGGGUCUUAUAUUGAAAUAGUUUCUCCUCUGUGUUUAUUUAUUGUUUGAUUCAUGUGUGAAUUAAUACGAAUUUAAUAUAGCGAUUGAGGGGAACCACUCAGGGUUGGUAAUACAAGGACUUCAUUUGAGGGGAAAAAACAGCCCUGCCAGCUGACUGGUAUACGGGACCUUUAAUGCAGCUGCAGCUCUUCAUUCAGAUGCUGAGUGGAGCAGCAGAUGACCGGAGGAGGGACGCUUUUCGAGGAAAACCAGACCACAGCUCUGCUCUAAUCGCAUUUUUUAAAAAACCACUUCCAUGCCCACUGAAGGAUUUCCCCGUUACUUAUAGUAUUUAGCUGCAGGAAAUUGAUGCUCUGGAUGUAGACUGAGCGGAUUGCGGCAAUCAGAUCGUCCUGGAUGAUCGGAGCUCAGCAGCAGCAUCACAUUGUAUGAAAUGCGUCACCGCGAUCCAGUUUUCCCAUUUACACAUAUCGGCUCUCCACUCACGGACUGGUCCCUGUACUGACUAUUUCAUCAGGUAACCACAUGCGCGGGCCGGUGUCACCACGCUGAGCCCGGAGAGCACGAAGGGUACUGGGGUCAGAGAGACAAGAGUGGCCGGGAAAGGUGGACCGGAUGACAGCCAGAACCUCUGAGGCGUCGGGACUGUCGGUGCCGCUGCACCGCUGUCACGGGGUUUUCCAGGCCAAUAACGGCACCUGCGCGGAGCAGCUCAGCAUCUUUCCGCCGUUCUCCUCCACCCUCGCGCUCCUCGUGCUGGUGGCCGUGCUCGUGGGGAUCAUCCUCGUUUCCCUGGCAACGUUCCACUUCCACAAGAGGAAGCUUCGGAACAGGAAGAUCCAGCGCGCGCAGGAAGAAUACGAGCGCGACAGUCGCAGCCCCGCGCGCGCCGGGGCGAGCGGGGAGCCCGCGAGGCCGUGCGUCAUCGUCCGACCGGCGAGAUGCGAGGAGAAGCUCUCGUGCCAGAGCGCAGAGAGCGGGGACGUCACCGAACCGGCGCUGCACGAGGCGGUUCCUCUUGACUGUUAACUCGGUGCAACUUCAGGGAAUGAGACUGUGGAAUAAACAGGAAAAGCAAUAAGGCACAAAGAACUCCCACAUCCAUCUCUGCUGCUUGUAGAUGACUUAGAAACAGUAGGAACAUAGAUGCAGAAUACUGAGCAGAAUAGUAGGCCUAGAGGUAACACUAGUACUACAGUGGCACAUAGGUUAGCUAUGUGGACACACACCUUAAUACACUAGUAUAAGCGGUAAUUCCUUAUGGAUCUGUAUAAAGUAUUUGCCUGCUUUGACUUUUGGACCUCUCCCUCUUCCCCCGCCUAAAACGUUGUUUAAACGUGGAAGAUGUUUAAACUUUAAAUCCUCCCCGGGAUGUGACACACGGUUGUGUUAAAUUAUUUAGAGUUGGUGACACAACACAGACCAUAAUGGCUCGCUGAUCUUCCUUAGCAUGUCCUCUGACACACUACCAGUAGUUAGACUAUAAUGGAUGUUGUGGUGCUGUUAGGCAGUGCAAAGCUGCAUAUAGGCUAUAGAAAUGGCUUAUUUGUUUGCGUAGUAUUUUUCCUUCAAUUAAGUGACUUAGCAUAUUUGCAUAAAGUACUCUGUCCUCCAAUGUCUGUUAGACAUCUGUAGGUAGCUCUAGUUAGCCUGACAGGAUGCAAGACUUUUUGCUGUAGUUAUGCACAUAAGAAAUUUUCUUUCAUGUGUCAGGUAGUAGGAGUUUUAGCGCUAAUACAGUAUUUUCAUUUUUGAGUAUUUAUAAUGUAUUCUCUGACAUGUAAUAAAUUGAGAAUCCUUCCAACAGAGGGUCUCAGCUCAAGACAGUCUUACUUUGUUUUGUUUUUUGUUUUUUGGUCCUUCAUAUUGUAUCAUAGUGGGCCUAAUAGAAAUUCAGUGUCAUUUAUUAUAUGAAUUCACUGUAAAUGUAUGCCAUUAUGAGAGCUGGAAUGUUUUACAGUAACACCAUCUUUCUGGAGUUCAUGUAAUCUGCCUUA